ACCUGGCCUCCCACCCGCCUCCAUCCAUCCGGCCUGUGUGUUGGUGUGUGUGGAUGACCUCUGCUCUUCUAGUUUGCUCCUCAGCACCAUGAACAAGAUGAAGAACUUUAAGAGGCGUUUCUCGCUAUCGGUUCCUCGCACCGAGACCAUCGAGGAGAACGAGUUCACCGAGCAGAUCAACCAGCUCAACAUCCGGCACACUCAGGGCCUGACUCCAGAUCGGCUGGGUCCUCCGUCCCAUGACGCCAGCCCAGUGAGCCCUGAACCGACCACACCAGGAGCUCAGUCUCCAUCCCACCUCCACUUCCACAGCACGGCCCAGCACAGACGUUUCUCCAUCGAGGUGAGAAGCAGAAUCCAACUGCGCUACAUAAUUAGCUUUCUUCCGCUUUAUAUGAAAUACUUUUAUACUUCAAUUAAUCUGUCUGUUAACUUCUUUCAGGACGUCAGUAAGUGCAUGUCUCUGCCCAUGGACAUCCGUCUGCCGCCAGAGUUCCUCAAGAAGCUGCAGCUGGAGAGCGAAAACUCACCGCUUUGCAAACCUCACAGUCGCAUGUCUCGGCGCGCUUCUCUGUCGGACAUAGGAUUUGGGAAACUGGAGACGUACGUGAAGCUCGGCAAACUAGGUGAGGGGACUUACGCCACAGUGUUCAAAGGGCGAAGCAAGCUAACAGAGAACCUGGUGGCACUGAAGGAAAUUCGGCUGGAGCAUGAGGAGGGAGCCCCUUGUACUGCGAUCAGAGAGGUGUCACUGCUGAAGAACCUAAAACACGCCAACAUCGUCACGCUGCACGACAUCAUCCACACUGAACGCUGCCUCACUUUGGUGUUCGAGUAUCUCGACAGUGACCUUAAACAGUACCUGGACAACUGCGGGAAUCUUAUGAGCAUGAAUAAUGUGAAGAUCUUCAUGUUCCAGCUCCUGCGUGGUCUGUCCUACUGUCACAAGAGGAAGAUCCUCCACCGAGACCUAAAGCCUCAGAACCUGCUCAUCAACGACAAGGGCGAGCUCAAACUGGCCGACUUCGGUCUGGCAAGGGCCAAGUCUGUCCCCACCAAGACCUAUUCCAACGAGGUGGUAACUCUUUGGUAUCGACCCCCUGAUGUGCUGCUGGGCUCUACAGAAUACUCCACGCCCAUCGACAUGUGGGGAGUGGGCUGCAUCCUGUAUGAAAUGGCAACAGGUCGCCCCAUGUUUCCCGGUGCCACCGUGAAGGAGGAGCUACAUCUGAUUUUUAGGCUCAUGGGCACUCCAACAGAAGAGACUUGGCCUGGUAUCAGCAGCAACGGGGAGUUUAGGUCCUACCUCUUUCCUCAAUACAGACCUCAAGCUCUCAUCAACCACGUACCCCGGUUGGACACAGAGGGGAUCGACCUGCUGUCUGCUCUGCUGCUGUACGACACCCGGAGCCGAAUCUCCUCUGAAGCCGCCCUACGACAUCCCUACUUCCUGAGUAUGGGGGACAACAUACACAACUUGGCAGACACUGCUUCAGUAUUCUCCCUCAAAGAGGUGCAGCUCCAGAAGGAUCCGGGUCACCGCAGCUCAGUGUUCCAACCUUUAGGUCGAGCAAAGAACCGAAGACAAAGCAUCUUCUAGAGGUCCCAAAGAGGAGGAAACAGGAAGCACAGAGGAGCUCCACAGUCAUCGAGGCCACCAACACGUUCACAAGCAAACUCACCCUCCUCGUGCACACGCCUGCAUUCACACACACCAAUCACGUGCACACACUCGUUUCCGUGGCGGCUGACCACGGAGACAACACAAGGUUUCUGGAGACAAAUUAGUACUGUACUUGAAAUGUCCUGAGCUGAAAUACACUCAACACACACACUGACACACACUUGCACACAUUUGCACAAUCAGCGAUACUGCACACGCUGCCAUUACUCCCAGUACAAACCAGUAGUGAGUUCACCGCUGUGGAAUAUCAGAAAUGUCAGUGAUUCAAAAAUGUACCACUUCUCAAAAACUGUUUUAUUUCUAAGUUGACAUGUUGAGUAUUUAAUCCUAUAAACAAUCCAAAAAUAAAUUCUUAAUAAGGAUUGUUUUGAAAAUUUAGGCCCCAAAGUAGAAACUUAUUGCAGAAAAGGUGAUUACUGUCCUACAAACUACAAACCUAUCAGAUUGAUUUCCAGGCAGCCUACCUGUGUGAACAUGGUUAUAUAUGACCUGUGAGUGCCAGAAUUUUCUCAGUUUUCAACCUCUGGAUCCGUCUGCACGACUCCACGUGUAAAGUAAUUGACAGGAAGCUGAAAAACCAAAUUGUAAGACAACUAAACAUCAGUCAAUGCAGCCGUAAUCAGGAGGUCUAGAGUGAGCCGAAGCACCACUAAUCAGAGCUGCAGCAACCGUCCUUCUAAAACCACAGAGACUUUUACGAUCUAUCUCUGAAAAACAGACGAGUGUUUCAGGCUUGGCAGAUGGAUCAUCAGUGAAAAUCGUAGCUUCUGUGAAAACUCAGACAGGGUGAAGGACGCUUCAUAAUGUGACCCUCUACCAACCGCAUCCAACAAAGAACCAACCCGUGCUUUCUUUUCGGUACUAAACUACAAUAUUAAGCUUGUUAAAGGACUUAAAAAGAAGCCUGAUGAACGUUGGGAGAAUAUUUAAAGCUACGUUUUUUGGCUCGGAUGAGGUCCAGCAUGGUUAAUAUGAGCUUGGCCCUUAAACCACAGUGAAUGCAUCGUCCUGAGGUGGGAGUGGGAUGAUGCUGGGGUGCAUGAGUGGAAAAGGUUUUGGGGAGAUGACAGUUAUAGAUUUAUAUACUAGAAAACUGUCGAACAAGAUGAGCCUCAGUCUGCAGGAACUUGGCAGAAGAGACAUACAUCAGCAUGAUAAUGACCAACUAGGACUUGGUACAUACAGUGUGUGUUGCGCUGAGUUUCUACUGUGAGCCUCGUGUUUGCAAUACAGUCAAUCAAAACCAUUAGUUUUUUAUUUGACACAAAGGAAAAUGCCCUUUUGUCAAACUUAGAAGCAAUGCAGUUAUUACGAGGUGAUGCAGUUUUGAAUCAUUUACGUGGUAUUGCAUAGCAGGUUGCUCCCUUCUCUUGCAUACUGUUGCUGCACACACCUGAUUAAACCUCCUGACACACACACCUGCAUUAAAAUACUGUCGUACACUGAGGUAGCUGCUGCCACAUCUGGAACCGUCACACAGCUGCAAACUGUUGGGGCCAGUUGUUCAUUUAGCUGUUUUUGUCCUACUAGAAUUGACUCUACACCAAGAUGCAGCUUCAAGAUACACUUUGAGUUAAUUAGACGCCCUUAAAUCCUGAAUUUCCCUCCCAGCAGUCAGGCUCUUUGUUCUGAUUAGUGGGUGACUUCAGGAUGAAACAGUCUGGAUGAGAAAAAGGUUACGAGGCCCCCCAAGUGCAAAUCACUGAAACCACCGUCCUCAAAAAUGUUUAAAUUAGAAACCAAACCUACUUUUUUCUGUAUUAUCAGGAUUUGUCCCAUUUUAUUUAUCGAAUUAACUGAUUUAGCAACCUUUUGGUAGAAUUUAUUUUGUUGCGUUAAGAUCUAAAAACCCUCUCCAUAUCAAAUGUUUUAUAUUAUUGUCCUCCAUCUGGAAAUUCUGGAUGUUUGUGGGAAAAACCACAUUCAUCCAGUAAAAAAAAUAAUUACUAAAACCACUGGAGUAUUACAAUAAAAACCAACAAACUGCUUCCAUAUUCAUCCAAACACCAUUAAAGCUGAGAGAUAAUUUUGUAUUUUUCCUUCAUAGGAUCUAUAGUUAUUUUAGGUAAUUGAUCUUUAGCCUCACAAAGGUUUCAAUCAGCGACAGAAAUCCUCAUGAACACAUUUCAGUUUUAUCACAAAGACAGAUGAAAGAAAUGAGACGUUGAGUGUCUGAAGCAAAAUUCAGAUACUGUGGUCUUAUUAGUUGCAGGUAAACAAAAGUCCCAAUGUGGCGGCGAUGUGUGUGUGCAGUGUCACCUGACAGUCUCACAGUUGUACAUACAAAAGCAGUCCAGACACAACAAUAGUAGCAUCACACUGUUCAUCUGCAGCACCUCUGCUCACAUGUAACAGACACCGAACCUCCCACAAUAUCCGACUUUAUUGUGAAUAUAGAAAUGGAUUCCUGUGGACAGACUUGCCUUUGCUACAGUGCCCAUGUGUUUCAACUCAGUGUGGGGCUUCUGUUCCAUACAGUGUUAACAGCUAACUCCAGUUGUUUGAAGUUGCCUUAGUAAACUGUGCAUGAUA